UACUGAGGGCUAUUACUAACUGCUUUAUUCAUCCCUGGAGGCGGUGUUCCUGUAUUUUCCCAUAUACCCCUCCAUUAAUUAAACUGCUAUCCCAGGCACUUUAGAGGACACUACAUGUGUCAUAAAAUCUGUUUUAUUACAUACAGAUUAGAAGCUGAUGACUUUCCGGCAGACUGGGAAUGAUCUGGAUUCACGUGUUCUGCUCUAAUGUAUAAUCAGUUCAUACAGGGGGAAAAAGAAGAACUUAAAUUCCAGCAUUGGUGGUUGGCUAAUGAAGGCUGCCUUAAGAAAUCCUGCGUUGGAUUUAUAGGGCAAGAGAAAAAGGAGCCAGGACUGCAUGCUGUGAUGGGAGCAGUAUAAAUAAAUCCGUGGCUACUGGUGUCUGAUCCAACAGCCAAGGUCUGCUGUGAGGACAAGUGAAUGUUUUCACCCUGGGACUUAACAUCCUCAGAACAAGUGGACACAGAGGAGCAAAGCGCUGCCCUGGAGAAGCUCUGCAGGUUCCAGUCCCACCCCAUGAGAAUGCACUUCAGUGCUGUUACCAGGGAUAUGGAGGCCAUUUCCAGUCCUUGGCUCACCCAGCUGUCCCAUUUUUGCGAUGUUGCAGCUUUCACAGCCAACAGUUUAAGCAGCCUAAAUGCAUCGGGGGGCUACCACCUCUCUCCUUCACCGGGCGACCCGUACAGCCAGCACGAAGCCCACUAUGAGCCCUGCUCUGCGGCGCAGCACACGUACAGCUUCGGCCCUGGCUCCAGCCAUGCCUGCCCGGAGCCUGAGAGCGGAGCCUCGUCUUCUAGCUGCUCCUCUUCUUCCACUCCAGGGAGCAGCAGCAGCAACAAAGCUCCGGUGAAGAAAAACCCAAAGGUGGCCAACAUCACUGUGCAGCUGGAGAUGAAGGCGCUGUGGGAUGAGUUCAACCAACUGGGCACGGAGAUGAUUGUUACCAAGGCUGGAAGGCGCAUGUUCCCCACCUUUCAGGUGAAGAUAUUUGGGAUGGAUCCCAUGGCUGAUUAUAUGUUAUUAAUGGACUUUGUGCCGGUGGACGAUAAACGCUAUCGGUAUGCUUUUCACAGCUCCUCCUGGCUCGUGGCAGGGAAGGCUGACCCGGCCACCCCCGGGAGAGUACAUUAUCACCCGGACUCACCGGCCAAAGGCGCCCAAUGGAUGAAACAAAUCGUCUCCUUUGACAAAUUGAAGUUGACAAAUAAUUUACUGGACGACAAUGGUCAUAUCAUCCUGAACUCCAUGCACAGAUACCAGCCCCGUUUCCAUGUAGUGUAUGUGGAUCCUAGGAAAGACAGCGAGAAAUAUGCAGAGGAAAACUUUAAAACGUUUGUGUUUGAGGAAACCCGCUUCACCGCAGUGACUGCCUAUCAGAACCACAGAAUUACACAGUUGAAAAUCGCCAGCAACCCGUUUGCCAAGGGGUUUCGGGACUGUGACCCAGAAGAUUGGCCCAGGAAUCACAGACCCGGAUCCCUCCCACUCAUGAGUGCCUUUGCGAGGUCCAGGAAUCCAGUUUCAUCCCCUCCACAGAAUGGAAGUGAAAAAGAGGGAGAUGGCAGGAGAGAUUAUGAGAGGGAUACCAGUGGCACUCCAUUACACGGGGAUGCAGCCCACCAACAGCUCAUGUCCAGAGUUCUCAGCCCUUCACUUCCUGUGCCUGGUGGACUCGUUCCCCUGAGUACUGGCAGACCUAGUCCUCCUCAUGAACUGCGCCUGGACCCUCAUUCUCAGGGUUCAGAACCUCUUCAUCACCAUCCAUACAAGUACCCAACAAGUUACGAUCACUAUCUAGGAGCAAAAACAAGGCCGACCCCCUACCCUUUGCCGAGCAUCAGAGGACAUGGCUACCACCAUCACCAUAUGAACCCAGCAGCAGCUAACAUGUACUCCACAGCCGGCGCACCUAGCAGUUAUGAGUAUGGUCCAAGAUAACGUCUAAUGCAAGAAAAAGAUCUUAUUGGACAACUAUUUAAAGUUAUUAGACAAUGGAUGUUUUAUGCAUGAUUUUAAUUAUUCAGUAGUGUAUGCUUUGGCUAUUACAUUACUGCUGAAAUUAAAGUUGCCCUCUCCCUAAACUCAUUAGGGCAGAUCUUCAGUUUCCAUUGUGAUUGUGACAGCUACCAACAAGCAAGCUGGAUCUUCUCCCUAAUCCUGCUGGGGCUGUUAUGACACUUGUCAGCAGAAAAGACAGGCUCUGCCAACAAGGCCACUUGACGUGUGUCAUUAACUUGCUGUGAUGCUGUGCUGGGGGGAGGGUGAAGGGGCCCAGAGACUUAGGAGGAACAUAAUAAAAGGAAUUCUGUACAAGUUCAAUUUUACUGAAGUUGCUGGAGGAGAAAAGUCUGUGUCGGCCAUCAUAACUGUACUGUUAAAUCAGUGAGUGAUGCAGACCUAUUCAUAAAGGGCAUUGACUUCUGCAGGGUCAGGUGCACUAUUCUUGCAUAAAGGAAGCCAUAUGCUUUUGUUGUUGUGUUGUUUUCUUGUACUUUCUGAAAAGAAAUGUACAGCAUAGUGGGCUCGGUGACAGAAGAGCUCUGAGGUAUUAAAGUAAGAAGCAUUUUCUAUUUUUGGAGAGUGAAGUUUGGCUGCACUAUUUGUGAAAUGACCUGCACAUUCUGUGCUAUUAAACUGCAGUAAUGCAAAUGUGUUUCUGUGUAGCCUACGUUCCUUCACAAAACCACCAACAGCUGUAAUAAAACUCCUUUACAGGUAGCAGCAUAACCGAGCAGUUCUGCCUCAGACAAUCAAUGGAAUGUACAGUAUGUGUUACCCAUUUCCACAAUGUAUUGUUCUAUAAAACUAUAUAAUAAUAUACCACCUACAGAACUGUAAUGUAAUGUCAUGUAAUGUCACCAGCAAAUGUGUGUCGUGUAAAUCAAAAGGCUAUAUAUUUGCAGUGCAAGUAGUAAUUUUAUUAUCUGGUGCCUUAAAUACUUAUUUAUCAGGUAGUAACUAUUGUCUAUGUAUCAAUUAGUUCUGCUCAUAGGUUUGUGCCAAAAAGUUUGAUCAACCCAGUGGAGCCAACACAGCAUUGUUCUACUGCACCUACCAGUCUGGAUGUGCCCAUGGAGUUCUAUUUAUUUCCCUAAGCAGAAUAAACCAUCUCUUCUAUUUAUUUCCCUGCAGAUAUCCCUAAUAACAUGCCUAAUAUUUAAUGAUGAGACGCUCUUCUGCAACUAACUUUUCACCAAUGCAAGCACUGUAGACACAAGUGUAGGAAACAUUUGUAGACAUGUAUGGAGAUAAACUAUAACUGUUAAAUUGAAAAAAAAAGAAAAAAAAAAGAAUGGAGUCUUCUAUAAACGUUUCCUUCUUUUAUUGGAA